AUGGAUCUCCGUGGAGCAUUGAGACUACUCUAUUUAGCAAUAGUGGACAAAUCAUCUAGAGAAGUAGUUGAAUAUUUAGCAUCAAUGAUAGACCUCCUUAGAGCAACAGGCAACAUGUUUCGAGUUAUGGCAUCUGACGUUGGCAACGUUUUUUACAGUGUGUUUCGAAUGGUGGCAAUUGAGACGAUUUAUAUUUCAGUUCAAGCUUUAAUUUACUGUCUCCUUCUUUAUAGCAUGAUUGGAUUUGAGUGGAAGUUGGGAAAGUUUUUGCUGUUCUACUACUUGUUUCUGAUGUGCUUCAUAUACUUCACCUUUUUUGGGAUGAUGGUUGUAGCGAUGACUCCAAAUCACCAUAUUGCAUCUGUUUUUGUAUUAUUCUUCAUCAGCCUCUGGAACUUGUUCGCUGGUUUUCUUAUUCCUCGACCACUAAUUCCUAUAUGGUGGAGAUGGUAUUACUGGGCUUCUCAUGUGGCUUGGACAAUAUAUGGCCUUGUGGCUUCUCAAGUUGGGGACAAAGAUGUUGAAAUUGAGAUACCUGGGUUUGGAAAUGCAGCAUUACGGAUGGUCCUUAAGCAACGAUUUGGGUACAACUACGACUUCAUCCCGGCUGUGGUCGCAGCUCAUGUCGUUUGGGUGUUGAUCUUCUUCUUUGUUUUUGCAUGUGGAAUCAAAUUUUUUAACUUCCAAAGGAGAUAA